UCAGGUUGCUGUUAAAUGGGCAGGUGAAGAUGUUGGUGCUUAACUGUUCCACAAAACUACAAAUCCUAGAACAUAUGUUAAGGAAGAAUCUUCCUGAAUCCCUCAAGGUUUAUGGAGCAGUGUUGAAUAUAAACAGAGGAAAUCCAUUCAAAAAGGAAGUGGUGGUGGAUUCAUGGCCAGAAUUUAAAGCUGUAAUUACUCGCCGACAAAAAGAGGCCAAAAGUGAUGCCCUAGACUAUUUUACUAAUGCGUAUGCUGUUUUUUACAAAAAUCUGCAAGCAUACCAGGCAUUGUUGGAGAACCCAGAGACUAUAAACUGGGAGCAAGUCUUCCAGAUACAAGGUUUACAGGAUGGCUUAUACAAAACUUCCAAGAUUGUUGCUGGUUCCAAGUAUGUAAAUGUGAAGCUGUCUUCUUUCCAAAUGGUAAUCCACCCAGAUCCAGAUGCACUUCCAGAUGUUCAACUUCCGCUAGUCCCUGCACCGAACCUGACUUCCCUUGAUGUGUCUCAUGCAAGUCUGCUGAAUAGCACCUGGUCCCGAGGAGGCAGCGACCAAUGCCAGAAGUACCUCAUCAACCUCAUUUGCUGUUUCCCCAGCAUCUGUGUCUUGGAUGAACAUGGGUACCCCAUCUCCUGGGGUCUGACAGACCAAUUUGCUACUAUGAUCCAUGGCUAUACAUUGCCCAAGCAUCGUAGGAAAGGGUUCAACCGUCUCAUUGCAACAAAUCUAGCUAAGAUGUUACAUAGCAAGGGGUUUCCGGCUCAGGGAAAUGUUCUGGAGGAUAAUUUACCAUCCAUAACACUGCUGAAAAGCAUGAAUGCCAGAUUCUUGCCUUGUCAGUUUGUCAGACUUAUCCACACCCCUUACUGUCUUUUAGCUAAACCUGAGUUAUAAAUGAGUGAACUUGGUGGAUUUUUAAAAAAUAUAUAAUGGUUGGAAAAUGUAGUUACCUAAUUUGGGGAAUCGAACCUUGUAGUUGAUGUUAUACACAUAACAUAAAAUCUGAACAUUUUAUGAUAAAUUUAGUCAUAACCUUGAAGUCCAUUUAUGAACUGGUAAUGCUUCUCCACAUUAAAGUUAAUGCAACUCUUAGAGGAGCAGCAACUUUUUUUCGAGCCUAGACAGAGGCCUGAUAAGAGAUCAGAAGAGCUUUAACAAAUAAUAGGGUGGUGAUGUCCUCAUGCUAGUUGGAAGCACUUAUUGGCAAUCGUUUUCACAGAAUGCACAGGCUUAUUAAAUUCACCAACUCAAAUCAUUCAAUUUUUCCAUACUAUAGCCUCC